GUAGCACUGCCUCAAAUACAUUGCCGCUGUCACGAAUGGUCACGACUUUGUUGAAAGGGGGAGGUAAAAAAAGCCAUAAAAACACAAAUCUUGCCGGUCAAAUCAAUUUUUCGCAAUUUUUAUUGGAAACUGCAAAUUUCCUCAAUCAAAUUUACAUGUUGUCCCAUCAGAGCGGCUGGAAGAACUUUUAAAACUAAUCACAAAUUUUCGUGCGAGCGUAAAAAUGGCUGCAACCACGAACGGGAAUGGAAACAUUGUAGACGAGUUUGAGGAGGCCUUCCAGGCUUGCUUGACCGUUUUAACAAAAGAUGACACACAGAAAAUGGAGUGGGAUGAGCUCAGAUCGGAGGUUGAACAAGUAAAUGUAAAAUUUGUUGACCUUGCAAGACAAAUGGAAGCUUUUUUCUUGCAACGAAGAUUUUUACUUUCUGCGUUGAAGCCAGAACUUAUUGUGAAAGAGGAUAUCCAAGAAUUGAAACUGGAACUGAUGAGGAAAGAAGAGUUGCUCCACAGGCAUCACGAAAAAAUUGGUCAGUGGCAGAAUCUUCUGGCAGAUUUGCAGAGUUGGCAAAAGUCUCCAGCACACGGCCCAGUACCUCCAGGCCAAAUCACCCCUGGACAGCCUGCACCACAACCACAGCCUCCGCCGGGGGUAAUGAUGCCCAAUCAAGUGCCUGUAAUGGGCCCGCAAGGACCUCCUAAUCCAGUUGUCCUGCAGCAGCAGCAGCAGCAACAACUUCAGCAGCAACACCUUAUACAACAACAGCAACAAAUGCAGCAAGGACCACCUAUGUCUCCAGCUGCGGGUCACCCGGGUCAGCAGCAAAUGAUGUUCAUGCAGGGCCCGCCGAGAGGCCCGAUGGGAUUCCCCGGACCAUCUGGGGCCAUGCAGGCUGGUCUGCAGGGACCCCUGGCCUACCUGGAGAAAACCACUUCCAAUAUAGGCAUGCCAGAUGCACGAAGGUGACGGGGAAGGGGCAGGGGGCGCGGACGAGGCCGUGGAAGGGGCCGUGGAGCCAACCAGCCGGGCAUUGAAUACAGCCCGCCACAGUGAGCCCUUCCGUAGCAUGCACGCACACAUAAAAACAAGGGGUGGGACCUUAUAAUUUUUUUGUUUAAAAGUAGCCCCAUCCCGCACAAACUUGCCUCCAAAGCCUGGGACCAUGAUAUGAUAUCUUAUUUAGGUGAUGUUCAGGCUAUUUAAUUAGUUAUACUUAAUUAUUCAGUGGUUUCAUGAGAGUAAAACGAUGGUUGCUGUGGAUUGUAAGUUCAAUAUUGGGAAAAUGCACUAUAUUUCAACCUUUAUGUUUCAUGGGUAAAUUUAUGAGUUGAUCGUUUUUUUUUUUAA